AUGCAUUUGGAUUUUAAAUUUUUCUUUUCUAUAUUUCACCCAUUUCAACUUCAGUGUAAGAUUUCAUUCGUGGCUGAUACUUCAAUACCAGCAAUCACUCUUAGUAGUGUGACCAUCACCGCCACCACCUCUGCUGCCACCACUGCCAUUGCUACAGCCGUUGCUGCCGUUGUUACCUCCUCACCAACCUUACCGUCAUCUUUGCUAGAAACAAGUUCAUCAACUGCUAGUGCAAAUAGGCGAGAAAAAACAUUAGAUUUGUCUUUCUUGCUGACCAGUAACACACCUCCGUCCACGAUUUCGUCUUUUACAGAAAAUCGUGUAGAGUCGUCUAUUGGUGAAACUUCCCUUGCUCUUACAACUGGGGACCCAUUCACAUCUGCUUUUACAACUACACCUACUUUUUCUUCAGCAUCUACACCUACACCAAUCACAACCAGCUCCUACUCCCCGAUUACUGCAUCUCCUUCUACUUCAUCUCAGCUGACAAUGUCUGAUUCAAACACAACAUCACUAGUAACACCAACUACUUCCAGCUUGAACUCAGUAUCACCAUUGUCGUCGCUCUCACCCAUAGCAUCAUCACCUACCACAUCUUCUGAUACAUCACAAUUGUCUACUAGUCAGCAAACACCUACUACUCCAAGUGAUCUGUCAUCUCCCGCCGCUACCACUUUUUCUCAAGUUUCAUCCCCUUCCGCUGUUUCACAGCUAUUGUCAAGUGAUACGUCAUCAAGUGUAUAUACCACACCAUCAAGUGACAAUGUUUCUUCUACAGAGUCCCCUAGCUCUUCAACUAUAAUUGCAUCGGCAUCUUCGUCAGAAAGUGCCAUCGUAUCGUCGUCGUCGUCGUCACUUGCUGCAUCUUCAUCCUCGUCUUCUACAGACCUUUCAUCCACAAGUUUUAGCUCAGAAUCAAGUGUUGUUCCAAGUACAAGUACUCUGACCUCCUCAAGCUCAGACUCAAGCACAUCAUCCUCCAUAUCCUCAACAACUUCCUCCACAUUUUCAUCUUCCCUCGUUACCACUACUUCAUCCUCCUCUUCAUCCACCACCACCACUUCUUCUUCUUCUUCAUCUUCACCUUCUUCAGUCUCAUCCACCACUACCACAUCAUCAUCAUCAUCAUCAUCCGUUUCCUCCACUUCUUCUACGGACGGAGUUCUCACAUCCUCAACAGAAUCGUCCAAGAAUCAACAUAGCAAAACAACGUCAUUCACUUCUUCCUAUACAUCAACCAUUACUCAUGGUGACACCACAAUUACCACUGUGAUUGCUAUUCCCACUUCAGCAGUAAUUGCAGACCAUCCAACUUCUACUGCCGAGCGUAAUUCUAAAUUGAUUGGCGGUCUCGUGGGUUCAAUAGGUGGCACAAUUGUCAUUGCUUGUUUAGUAGUCAUAUUUUUAUUUUUCAAAAAACGCAGAAGAAGAAAUAUCACGAACCAAUCGCCAGAUUUCAAUAGUGCAAUUACCGGCGGUGCACAUGCACGAGCUAUUGGAGGAGGAGGAGGAGUUGGUGGUGGCCGUGGUGGAGGAGACAAUAAUGACGAUGAUGAAGAAGAUACUUCACUAGAUGAUAAGCAUGAUCAUAUUUUCCACGACUCACCAAAUGGUAAUAUGAAACAGUCCAGGAUGAGUUGGUUUAAAACCAUGUUUGGAGGAUUCGGGAAUAGGAUAACUAGGGAUGGCAGCAGAGCACUGAAUUCGCAGCUUUUAGGUAAAAACUCCAGAUCAAUAGCUGAUGUUGGUAUGGGUGCUGGUGCUGGUGCUGGUGCCGGUGCUGGUGCCGCAGCUGCAGGAGUAGGCACAUUCCGAAGGUUAAGAAGUACCGAUGAUUUAGAGAACCAAACAUAUGGAUCCACACCACAAGCGCGCAGAGUAGUAGUGGAAGACGAUGACGAUGGAGGUGAUGGAGAUUUUGCAUAUCGUGGAGUCACCAAUGCUAAUAAUUUAGAUUCCGUGUUUAGACCAUCGAAUAAUGCAACUACUAUGAAUACUUCAGGGAGAAAUUCAGCUAGAAAUUCAUCAUAUUUUGGAAAAUCAGCUAAUACCCGUGGUUCUUCCAUAUCUUACCUGGCAGAACCCAAUGCUUUUGGUGAUAAUAGUAAUAGUACAUUUGCCGAUCUGUCACCAUUAUCAGCAAAUAACCGAUUUACUUCAUAUGGCCAUCCCUUAGCCUCACCGCGUGACUUUAAUUUCAAAGAAGAUCAGUCAGGUGAAGUACAACAUGGUUACCAUAAUCAUCAUCAAGAAGUAGAACAACAACAACAACAACAACAACAACCAUUUUAUCAGAAGGGAUACGGGAGUUCCGUGACGAAUCCACAACCGUUGAAAGAAUCUGAAGUAGUUCGAGAAGAAACUGUGCCAAGUUCAAACUACGAUACUGAGGAAAGCUCAUCCUCAUCCGACGAGGAGUUCCAUCCAAGUGAUUAUGAUGAUGAAUCGUUUAUAUUACCUGGAGACGAAAGUAGAGGUAACAAUAGUGCGGGUGAAUAUACUCAUCACCAGCAUUACAUUAAUCAUGGUAGUAGUGAGUACCAACCUGUUCAACAAUACACAGAGGAUGCAGAAGAGAGAAGGUAUACAAGACCAUCACCUUUCAAUCAUAUGGGAGCGCUUGGGAACAAUGGGUCGAAUAAUUCAUUGUCGAGGUUUUAUGAGGAUGUUUCAUGA